GGUGCUGUCGGCCGUGGCGCGGCAGCCCGAGGAAGGAGGCCGGACGUUUUGCGCUCUCCGCCCUUCCGCCAUGAGCUUCCUGAAGCGUCUCCCGGAGCCCAGCGAAGGCGUCCGGCUGCGGCAGGCCGACACCGAGGCCGUGCUGGGAGGCCGGGGCCUGGGCACUGGCAGCCUCUACAUCGCCGAGAGUCGUCUGUCAUGGAUAGAGACAUCUGGCCUCGGAUUCUCCUUGGACUAUCCCAUCAUAAGCUUACAUGCUAUCUCCAGGGACCUGAAUGCAUACCCGUGGGAGCAUUUGUACGUCAUGGUAAAUGAAAAGUUUGAAGUUGAAGAAUCGAAAGAAGCUCCCAUGGGAGAAAAGGAAGAGGAGGAGGAAGAAGAAAGCGAUGAAGAACUGGAGCCCAUUUCAGAAUUCAGAUUUAUACCCAGCGACAAAUCGGCCCUUGAAGCCAUGUUCUCCGCCAUGUGUGAAUGCCAAGCCCUGCACCCUGACCCUGAAGAUGAAGACUCCGACAACGAUUAUGAGGGUGAUGAAUACGAUGUGGAGGCGCACGAAAUUGGCCAAGGCGACAUCCCGUCCUUCUACACAUACGAAGAAGGCUUGUCACACUUAACUGCCGAGGGUCAAGCUACCUUGGAGAGAUUGGAGGGCAUGCUGGCACAGUCUAUAAGCACUCAGUACCACAUGGCCGGGGUACGGACAGAAGAUUCUGUCAGAGACUUUGAAGAUGGCAUGGAGGUGGACACAGCCCCAUCAGUCGCUGGGCAGUUUGAAGAUGCUGAUGUCGAUCAUUGAGGAGGAUGUGGGCGGCUGUAAGAUUCUUCUCUCGGCAUUUCCAGUCUCGCCAAGCUUGAAGAUGUUACAACAGGAAUUGCCCUGUCUGUAUUAAUGGCCUAAACACUGAGAUUUAGGUCUGUAAAUGAUUUUAUAAAUGUGCUUCUAAAACAGGAUUUGGCACUGUGGGGUUGCUUUUAUAUAUAUAUAUAUAUAUAUAUAUAUAUAAACUUAAGAAAGCUAAUUUGGAUCUGAAUGGAGGAUUAAUCAUGGCUUACUUAUUGGAAAGCCUUUACAGGAAUGCUAGAAAUUAAGGAAUAAAGUUGUACUUAGAACAGAAUUCUAGAUUGUCCUAGAAUUUCCCCCAUAUUUUUGUGCCUGUUUAUCCACAGCUGACCACGUGUGACGGGAGAGUUGUUCUGUUUAGCUAACGAGACCGGGCUGUAUUUUGGGUCUGCAGGGUCGCACACAUUGUGAAAAACGCUUCGAGGAAUGGGCUCGAUCCAUUCAAUGUUCUUGUUUCGUCAUGACCUUCGUGGCGUAGGCAUGACAGCUGUACUGCUCCACUGAUACAAAAAAACUCCUUGUGUCUUUGUUAUACGUAAAAACAAAAUGGUUCAAUAAAUAUAAUUUUGUAUCUUA